GCGCCCCUACCCGGCGUGCGGUGCCCCCUGUCCGCUCCCGCUUCUGUUGCUUUACAGCAGGCACAUGGGAAAUACGGGUAGGGCGAGCUCCAGUCCCCCGCCCGCGCUCCAGGUCUCCGCGUGGGUCUCUGGCGUCCUGCCCCAGCCGGGCCAGCUCGGGACGCCCCGUGGAUCUGGAGGCUCUUAGGGGCCUUGCGAACCCGGCGGGCCGAGGCCGUCUUCCCCUGGGCCCGGCCGUUCCUGUUGGCUGCAGACGCAGACCGCGAGCUCGAGGACGCUGGUGUCCAGUUUCCCUUGACCUUGAGGACCCGGGAAGGUCGUAUGAGCCAUGGCUAUGACUAGUGUCAGAUUGCCCAGCAGCGUUUUAAGAAAGCCAGAUGCCUGGAUUGGGCUCUGCGGAGCGCUACGAGGGACACCUUCACAUAAACACUGUGCUUCCUGGAAUCGAUACUUAUAUUUGUCUAGUACCAAGUUAAAUGCUUCAAAUUGUAAAACAUUUUUCCAUAACAUUUUCUCACUGAGACUCUCAGGGCUUUUAAUAUCUCAAGAAUAUAUUUUCCCAUUUUCCAUAAGACUCAAAAGUAAUGUAAGCUCUAAAAAAUCCACUAAAAAGACUCUGCAAAAAGUGGAAGAUGAAGGGGACUCUGAUGAAGAGAGUGAGCAUAAUGAGAUGACUGAGCAGGAAGUGGAGCCAGAGGAUGACCCCAGUGUGGUCAAAGACUAUAAAGACCUGGACAAAGUAGUGCAGUCUCUCCGAUAUGAUGUUAUCCUGAAGACGGGCCUAGAUAUCGGAAGAAACAAAGUGGAAGAUGCAUUCUACAAAGGUGAACUCAGGCUGAACGGGGAAAAAUUAUGGAAGAAAAGCAGAACGGUGAAAGUGGGAGAUACAUUGGAUCUUCUAAUUGGAGAGGAUAGAGAAGCAGAAGCAGAGACAGUGAUGAGGAUUCUCCUGAAAAAAGUGUUUGAAGAGAAGACCAGCAGUGAGAAAUACAGAGUGGUGUUACGGCGGUGGAAAAAGUUAAAAUUGCCUAAAAAAAUAAUAGAAAGCCAAAUAAGUCUUGCAUGGUGAGGGGCAGCAUGACCUAGUGAUAUGUCAGGGGUCCUAGUUUUUAGGCUUUGUCUUGCCCUUAGCAAGUUCGGUUACCUUGGUUAUAUUCUGGCCUUAACCUCUGAGCUUCAGCUUCUUCACUGGUCAGAAGGGGAUCAGGAUCCUAAUUUCCUUACCUUGUUGAGUUGAGUCUUCAAAAGAGUUAAUUAAAAUGUGUUGUGUGAGGCAAGAUGAGUUGAUAGUAGCUAGAAAGCAGGAAGGCCCAUUUGAAAGGCUGUUGGAAGCUCUAUUGGUAAUUAAGUACCUCAACUUAGCUGGUGGGAUUUGACGCAUUACAGGCUUCUCUGUUUUUAAAAAUCAAAAUAAGCAAAAAGACGUCUGAUGGUGGAGAAUGUUGGUUUGGUCAUACCACAUGGCAAAAACUGAUCUCUAAUAGUUGUCUACAGCACAAGGGAUUUGGAACAUAUUUAUGAAACAGCAGAAACAAAAGCAAUUCAUAAAGAUUUAUGGAACUCUUGCAGCUUACUCUAUGAUAGCUGCUUUAUAAUGCCGUCCUGGCAAGGCCUCCUCAGUGAACAUGUGACCAACAUGAUGAAAAAAUUAAAAGAUUUGGAUGUUUCUAAUUCAGUGCUUCUCAACCUGGCACGAUUUUACCACCUUGGGGACAUUUGGCAGUGUCUGGAGAUAUUUUUGUCUGUCACAACUGAGGGGGUGGGAUGGGCAUCAAAUGGGUAGAGACAGGUGAUGCUGCUAAACAUCCUACAGUGUACAGAUAGUCCCCACAACAAAGAAUGAUCAGACCUUAAAUGUCAGUGGUACUGAGGCUGAGAUGCCCUACUCUAAUGGGGUGACAAGAAUUUUUUUUUCAAUAGGUCUGGCUUUCACAGCAAUCAGACAAAAAAGAAAUAAAAGAUAUCCAAAUUGGAAGGGAAGAGGUAACACUGUUAUUAUAUGCAGAUGACAUGAUACUCUAUAUAGAAUACCCUGAGACUUCACACAAAAACUAUUAGAACUGAUAAAUGAAUUCAACAAGAUAGCAGGAUACAAGACUAAUAUACAGAAACCUGUUGCAUUUCUUUACACUAAAAAUGAAAUAUCAGAAAGUAAAAAAAAAAAAAAAUCUUGUUUAAAAUCACUUCAAAAGUAAAACAAAAACAAAAAACAAAUACAUAGGGGCUUCCCUGGUGACACAGUGGUUAAGAAUCCGCCUGCCAUUGCAGGGGACACGGGUUCAAGCCCGGGUCCGGGAAGAUCCCACAUGCUGCAGAGCAGCUAAGCCUGUGAGCCAUAACUCCUGAGCCUGCGCUCUAGAGCCCGCGAGCCACAGCUACUGAAGCCUGUGUGCCUAGAGCCCAUGCUCUGCAGCAAGAGAGGCCACCGCAGUGAGAAGCCCGUGCACCACAACAAAGAGUAGCCCCCGUUUGCCGCAGCUAGAGAAAGCCUGUGCACAGCAAUGAAGACCCAAUGCAGCCAAAAAUAAAUAAAAUUUAAAAAAAAAAAAACCCACAAAUACCUAGGAAUAAACAUAACCAAAGAGAUUAAAGACUUAUAUGCUGAGAACUAUAAAACAUUGGUAAAGGAAAUUGAAGAUGAUUCAAGGAAAUGAAAAGAUAUCCCAUGUUCUUGGAUUGGAAGGAUUAAUAUUGUUAAAUUAAUAUUGUUAAAAUGGCCAUACUACCCAAAGCAAUCUACAGAUUUAAUGUGAUCCAUAUCAAAUUACCCAUGACAUUUUUCACAGAACUAGGACAAAUAAUCCUAAAAUUUAUGUAGAACUGCAAAAGCAAUCCUGAGGAAGAAGAAUGAAGCUGAAGGCAUAAUCCUUACUUCAGACAGUACUACAAACUUAAAGUAAUCAAAACAGUGUGGUAUUGGCACAAAAACACAUAUAGAUCGGUGUACAGAAUAGAGAGCCUAGAAAUAAACACAUACUUAUGGUCAGUCGUCAACAAAAGAGGUAAGAAUAUACCAUGGAGAAAAGACAGUGUCUUCGGCAAGUGGUGCUGGGAAAGUUGGAUAGCUGCAUGUAAAUCAAUGAAGUUAGGACACACCCUCACACCAUACACAAAAGUAAACUCGGAAUGGCUUAAAGACUUAAAUAUAAGACACGACACCAUAAAACUCCUAGAAGGGAACAUAGGCAAAACAUUCUCUGACAUAAGUCAUACCAACGUUUUCUUUCGUCAGUUUACCAAGGCUAUAGAAAUAAAAGCAGGGGCUUCCCUAGUGGCGCAGUGGUUAAGAAUCCACCUGCCAAGGCAGGGGACAUAGGUUCGAGCCCUGGUCCAGGAAGAUCCCACAUGCCGCGAAGCAACUAAGCCCGUGUGCCACAACUACUGAAGCCUGUGCGCCCGGAGCCUGUGCUCCGCAACAAGAGAAGCCACUGCAAUGAGAAGCCCUUGGCAACUAGAGAAAGCCCGUGCACAGCCACGGAGGAACCAGCGCAGCCAAUAAAUAAAUAAAUAAAUAAAUAAAAUCUAUUAAAAAAAAAAAGAAAUAAAAGCAAAAAUAAACAAAUGGGGCCUAAUCAAACUUAUAAGGGUUUUUUUAAAAAAAAUAUUUAUUUAUUUGGCUGCGCUGGCUCUUUGCUGCUGCGUGCGGGAUCUUUGUUGAGGCGUGCAGGAUCUUUAGUUGCAGCAUGUGGGAUCUAUUUCCCUGACCAGGGAUGGAACCCGGGCCCCCUGCAUUGGGAGCGUGGAGUCUUAGCCACUGGACCACCAGGGAAGCCCCCAAACUUUUUUUUUCAAUUAAUUAAUUUAUUUUUGGCUGCAUUGGGUCUUUGUUGCUGCAUGCAGGCUUUCUCUAGUUGCAGCGAGUAGGGGCCACUCUUUGAUGUGGUGCAUGGGCUUCUUAUUGCGGUGGCUU